AUCUCCAUUUGUGUAAGCGCGUUUCGCCAGACGACUCGCGCCGAGAGUCGCGCCGGGAGCGGCGCGGAUGAAAAAUCGACCGCGGAUAUCGCGGUAUCGCGUAGUGAAAUCCUGCCGAGAAUCGAGACGCGGCACAGCGGUGCGGUGAACUUAUACAUAUAUAUACUUGCUCGGUUCCUCGUUGUUCCUUCGACACGGAGGGAUUAAGUCACGGAUGUCGCGUGAAACGGCUCCGAAUUUAUAAGUAACAAAACAUCGUUCGCCGUCCGAGGUGGGAUCGGAGACAAAGAGACGGGGCUUCCGGUUGCCGGGAUUCCUUCAGCUUGGCACGUCCUGCGAGCGACGCGCGAGAUAUUUCGCGAGACGGAAUUUCGAAUUGACGAGGUGCAUACAGGUGAAUAUCAAUUGAAGAGCAAACACAAGGCAGAAUGCAAACCCGACAAAUCCUCGGCGUGUGUCAUCGCCUGCUGGAGCUAAUUGUGAGAGGAAUAUUGCUGUUAGUUGCCUUUGUCAGAGGACCGGCACAAUCUCAACCACCCAUCAAAGAUUUAACUCUCCUGCAUAGCGCAACCACUUUAGCGUUAAAAAUUCGAAACAGACAAUUAACUUCGGAAGAUGUGGUAUCUUCGUAUAUAGAAAGAAUAAAGGAAAUUCAACCGAUACUCAACUGUGUGGUCGCCAAUCGCUUUGAGAAAGCUCUGAAAGAGGCGAGAAAAUGCGACGAGCUAUUAAAAUCUCCGGACGCUCCGUCCGUGGAGUCUCUGGCCAAGGAGAAACCAUUGUUCGGCAUACCUUUUACCACCAAGGACUGUAUCGCGAUCGAAAACAUGCAGCAAACGGCCGGUCUAGUUGUACGUAAGAACAUUGUUAUUGAUAAAGAUGCAGAGGUGAUAAGAUUAUUGAGGUCAGCUGGAGCCAUACCUCUGGCACUGACAAAUGUUUCAGAAUUAGCGAUGUGGUGGGAAAGCCAUAAUUAUCUAUUCGGUAUCACCAAGAAUCCCUACAACACAAGACAUAUUGUAGGCGGUUCUUCGGGUGGUGAAGGCUGUUUACAAGCAGCAGCUGGAUCACCGUUUGGAAUUGGCUCGGAUAUUGGUGGCUCUAUUCGUAUACCGUCAUUCUUCAAUGGAAUUUUUGGCCAUAAGCCAUCUAAGGGAGUCGUCUCGAAUGAUGGCCAGUAUCCUAGUGCGCAUAGCUUUGACCAAGAUCAAUUACUCGCUAUUGGACCAAUGUGUAGAUACGCGCAAGAUUUGACGUUAAUUUUUAAAAUUAUCGCAGACAAAAAUGCUGAUUUAUUAAAAUUAAAUCAAAAAGUGGACAUUUCGAAGAUUAAGCUCUAUUAUAUGGAGGACGACGGUGGUCAGUAUUUAAUUUCGCCAGUGGAUCCUGAGAUAAAAGCCGCUAUGAAAAGAGUGGUGAAUUAUUUCGAGAAAGCGCACAAAGUUAAUGCCACGAAAUUAAACGUGAAGUUGUUGAAAAAGGGCAUUGCCCUUUGGCUGGCGAACAUGGCGUGCAAGGACGAGAAAGACUUUUCGUACGAGCUAACUAACAGGAAAUACCAACUUAAUAUCUGGUUGGAAUUCAUUAAGUGGAUGUUGUUUAUGAGCAAUCACACUUUAGUCGCUCUUAUAACUGCCAUGUUCGAAAAAUUCGGCAUAAAACAUGGAAGCGAGAAACACGUUCGACUUAUGCAACAGAGUAAAGAUCUUUAUCAGGAAUUUAAGGAUAUUUUGGGAGAGGACGGUGUGUUUUUGUAUCCAUCGCAUCCAACCGCAGCUCCAAUGCACUACGAACCGUUGUGUAAACCCUUCAACUUUUCUUAUACUGCAAUCAUUAAUGUGCUAGGCCUACCGGCUACAGCUUGUCCAUUAGGUUUAAAUAAACAAGGACUUCCCAUUGGACUGCAGGUCGUAGCAGGACUUCAUCAGGAUCAUUUGACUCUCGCUGUUGCGGAAGAAUUGGAACGAGGUUUCGGAGGAUGGGUGCCACCAACAAUAGUAGCUUGACGUCAAUACUGUCAUAGACAAUAAUUCUAUGGACGAACGACAUGAUACACAUAAAAGCCUCAUCUUACCGAACCCUGCCAUCUCUCUCUCUCUCUCUUGCAAAGUAUUAUAUUUACAUUAAAGAUUUUCAAGUACAUAAACAACUAUCGAGGUAAA